AUUUGUGUGGUCCUUAACCAUGUCUGACGCCGUAAAUAAAAUGUGUUGAGUGCAUCGUUAAAUAGUUCACAUUUCUUUCUAUGUCAAAGGCUGUGCUAUCAUGUAUAUUGGAAAGAGCAAUAAAAGAUAUCUCGCUGCUAAUGGAAAUAAUUUGCGAGUUCCCUCUAAUUUUUCGUGUUACAAAAUGUGUUUUACUAAAUGUCUGACAUUCAGUGUCAGAUUUUUUAACAAACAACUGUACUCUAUAGUGAUGUCGUUAAAUACAAACUAACUUUUUAACUUUUAGUUUUCCGAGUAUUGUACAAACAUUCCACUCUACACUCAGGAGAGAAGACGGACAUGCGUCACGUUAGGUUACAUAUGCGCAUGUUUGAAAACUCCCGCGACGUGUUGUGAGUUCAAGUGGGAAAAAAACCUAUAAAAAAAACUUUCACGAUGUCUAUGGUGCAACGGGGGUCACAGAGAGCAAGAACAAUGAUUACGCGGGCGAGGGAGAAUAAACGCCCCGAGGAUUCUGUCGUCAGUCUUGUUGUAAAAUAUUUAUUAUUUGCAAUGAACUUUUUGUGUUGGUUAAUUGGUGGUGUCAUGGUUGGUACUGGGAUUUGGGCAUAUAUAGAGAAGAAUAAAUACUACCACGUGCAGAUCCAGCACAUCUACGAUGUCUUCUUUGAUCUGUCUAUCAUUUUCCUCGUCUUGGGAUUAACUAUUUGGAUCCUUGGAUUUGCUGGAUGUCUUGGUGCUUUACGGGAAAACAUAUGCCUUUUAAAAUUUUACUAUAUCAUCAUCUUCAUCAUACUUUUCCUGGAAUUGACUGUUUGUAUUAUGGCAUUUUUGUUCCGCAGCAAGACCAAGGAGAUAGUUACUGGUGGAUUGAAUAAAAAUUUAAUUUCACGAUAUGACAAAGAGGAUCCAGACGUCAAGGAUUUUAUUGACUUUAUCCAAGAAAAUAUAGAAUGUUGUGGUGUCACUGAAGAGGGUUACUUAGACUGGAAUACAAACAAAUACUACAACUGUACAGAGAAAAACAGAAGUGCUCUCAAGUGUAUGGUUCCACAUUCCUGCUGCAUUAACCAGUUUACAAUCAGUGAAGGAACAACAAACCUGUUUUGUUCUGGACAAGUGCUAGACUUAUCGAAUUCAGCAGCCAAAAAACAAAUCCAUACAAUCGGAUGUAUAGAUAAAAUGCUGAUAUUAGGAAAGGAGAACUUACCUUUUAUGGGUGGAAUUGUUUUAGCUGUUAUCUUUCCACAGUUACUUGCUGUUUAUCUGGCCCGAAAAUUGGAGAGUCAAAUCAGAGACCAAAUGGGAUUGUAAAACUGAAGACAUUCAUUCCACGUGAGACCAACCAAUACUCCUAAUACUGACGUAUUGGAAUUACUUUACAUAUUAAGAGAUGAUAUGUUUGUGUUCUGUGACCGGUCUUUAGACACUAAUUAAUUAACAGAGAUUUAUUUACAGGGUAUUUGUGUGCAGAGUAUUUGUGUCUGGUGAAUAACUUUAUUUGCAUUUGUUUGGUUUUAAUUUGAAAUGAAAUGUUCACAUUUCCCAUAUUAUUUGUAUAUAUGAUGGCAUUAAUAUAACAUAUCCCGUUUUCAAGUUUUGUAAAUAAUGUUUGUUGGUUUGUUAACAUUGUUUGUGUUUUUCUCAGAUAUUUAUUAAUUAAAAGAUUUAGCUUUUCUUAAAAAAAAUUUUUUUUAUGGAAUUUGCAAUGCAGAAUGGUUUAACAGUGUUGUUUGUUUAUUAAAACUAUUGGAAUUCAAAAUAAUACAGUUUGACUUGUAUAUAUCAAAUAUAUUGUAUAUUUAUUGAGAUAUUUGCAUUUAUUGGAUCAGCGUAUAAUCAUUUGCUCUUUAAAAUAUAGUGUAGUCAUUGUGUAUGCAUUUAGUAUAUCUCAGGAAUGAAUGUAACCUAUCAUGUAACUUUUUGAAUUGUAAACAGACAAAAAUAGCAUUUUCAACAAAUCAUGUGGCCUUUGUGCUAACAUUGUUAUACAUCUUGAUUAUUGUUCAGUAAUAUUUAGUUUGAAAUAGGCUGCAGCCCACUUCAUUAACUUUUCCAUCUAGGAACCAGAUGGUGCCUACUGUUAUUUUUUAUAUAGAUAGUAUGAAAUAUUUCAGUCACCAAAUGAAAAAAAGUAGUCGCAUAUGCGACCAAAUCGGUUGUAAUGCCCGAGUGGGAUACUGUGUUGCAAAUUAGAAAUAUGGUAGUGUGCAGUUUGUUUUGUGUGCAUGUAUCAACGGUAGUGCAAUCCUGUACCGUGAAAUCAGUGUUAUGGCUAACGAAUGAUUAUUACAAGUCAGUUUUAUCUGCAUUUGAUUAUUUGGUGACCGGCCUCGGUGGUGUCGUGGUUAGGCCAUCGGUCUACAGGCUGGUAGGUAAUGGGUUCAGAUCCCAGUCGAGGCAUGGGCUUUUUAAUCCAGAUACCAACUCCAAACCCUG